CAACAGAACACGUGCAAAAUGUCAGAAGAAAAACAAACUGAAACGCAUGAAGAGUUUCUGCCUGGUUUCGACACCCUCACUGACUAUACACAGCAAGCACUGAAGACAGCUUUACUAGCCACCAAGUGUUCCAAUGAUUUACCAGCAACAGGAGAUGACUUUGAUUAUUACUCUAGUUAUCAAGGUGUCAGAGAAGUGUUGGAUAUUGAAGGCAACAGAAUUCUUAACAUAAUCCAGAGUAUACUGAAAUAUCAGAGUGUGAAGGGAAAUCUGACAGGCAGUAGCAGUGCUGUUGACCUUGAAGAUAAGUUUGAUGUACUGAUUGAUGCUAAUGACCAAAUACUGGAAAGAGUGGGAGGCUGGCUAGAUGAAGCAUCAGGAAUCAAAAAGAAAGAAACAACAUUAGUUGUAGCAUCAGCUACCCCAAAACAUAAUGCCACCGCUAGCUGGAAUAAAAAGUCUUCACCUGGUCAAGGAAGUAAUUUGUCCAGUUACAGAUUGUUGACAGCCCGUAAUAUACAGCGACCUCAGAUGAGAUUUAAAGACAAAAUUGACAAUGUGAAUAGACCUUUUGUACCCUGUAUUCGAUAUAAACCAAAUGCUAUGAAGACAUUAGAAGAAAGCUUGCAAUUACCUGAAGAUAUCACACCAGAAAUGACAGAAAAUCCAGCAUUUCAGUAUCCCCAUCCAUAUCAACAUGAACUUGCCCAUCUGAAGCCUUUACAGAAAUCUCUCAAUGUGUCAUCGCCUACGGACCCUAAGCCUUUAGGUGAAACAGAAUGUACAAUCGUUACAAAGCUUGAAGAACUUAAACAUUUGUGUAACACACUGAAGACACAAGAAGAAAUAGCCAUUGAUUUAGAGCACCAUUCGUACAGAUCAUUCCAAGGAUUGACAUGUCUGAUGCAGAUCUCUACCAGAACGAAUGACUAUAUUAUAGACACAUUAGAACUUAGGAAUGAACUUCAUUUACUGAAUGUGGUUUUUACCGAUCCCUGUAUACUAAAGGUGUUACAUGGUGCAGAUAUGGACAUUGGCUGGUUGCAAAGAGAUUUGGGGUUAUACAUUAUCAACAUGUUUGAUACAGGACAGGCUGCCAGAGUGUUGAAUAUGGCACGGCAUUCCCUGGCACAUUUGUUACAAGUAUAUUGCCAGGUAGAGGCUGAUAAGCAGUAUCAGUUAGCUGAUUGGAGAAUCAGACCACUUCCUGAAGAAUUAAUCAAGUAUGCCAGAGAAGACACACACUAUUUACUGUAUAUCUAUGACAGGAUGAGAAAUGAACUGAUCGAGAGAGGAAAUGAACAGAAUAAUCUUCUUCAUUCUGUAAUACAGAAGAGUACUCGAGUCUGUGCACAGGUAUACAGAAAACCUAUAUACACAGAUGGUUUAUACAUGGAAUUAUACAAGAAGAGUAAGAAAGUGUUUAACUCUAGACAAUUAGCCGCAUUGAAAAACUUAUAUUCAUGGAGAGACAGAAUAGCUAGAGUGGAGGAUGAAAGUAUAGGCUAUGUAUUACCAAACCACAUGUUAUUACAAAUAAGUGAAAUUUUGCCUAGAGAGAGACAAGGUGUGCUUGCUUGCUGUAACCCUAUACCUCCACUGGUCAGACAGUAUCUGAUAGAAAUACAUAAUAUUGUAAUGGAAGCUAGAGAAGUACCUCUUACUACAGUCACAACACAUAAAAUCAAGGAACCUAGCAUGUACAAGCAUCCAAAAUAUAACCCAGAUAGUCUUUUAAACUGUACACAUGAUAUGUCAUACCAACAGAAGUAUCAAGAUCUUGGUAACACACCAUGCCUACUGGAUCCUUCAAUAAUGAAAGAGAAUCCAACCAUGUUUGGAAAUAGUAAAGAAAAUAUAACUAUACUGAAGAAAAAACCUAUUCUAACAGUGUUUGAAAAUUAUUCACCCAAAGAAAUGACGAGAGCCCAGAGAAUGGCAGCAGCAAUAACAGCCACUUUUGUCAGUCCACUAUCACAGUAUCUCCCAGAAAGUAGAGAUGACAAACAUCAGCAGGUGUUCAAUAACUGGAUGUUAAUGAAACACACAGCAGUGAAGAGAAAAGAAACUGCACCUACUCCAGCGACAUCUUCAGGACCACCUCCAGCUAAGCGACAAAAGGUUGAAGUAAAAGAUACAGGAGAUUUGUUACAACCAUUUGGAAAGCUCAAAAGUGGUCAUGGAAGAAUACUUGGUAAAGAUACAGAUACUGAGACAAGCAGAAAGAGGAAAAAGAAGAGGAAAAUGGAAGAAGAAGGAGCAUUAGAAUUAGAGGAGGAGGAGGAGCCUGCAGAAGAAUUUACACCAUAUGAUUACAGCAAAGUUAAUUUGAAUAUAUUUGAAGGAGGGACCUCUAAAGGAGAGAAGAAGAAGGUCUUUGAUCCAAAUGCAGGAAUGAGGAAGAGAGGAAGAGGUAGCAAGGUUUAUAAGCCACAGUUUUCAACAGCUAAAUCAUCGAAGAGUUCAACGUUUGGAAAAAUGGACAAAUCUCAAAAGACACAAAUAUGGCCAAAAUAAAAUAUCAAACUUUGUA